AUGGCAAACACACUAUCCAUGAGAGAGAAAUACAAAGCCAGACAUACGCUGGUUUGUCUUCUUCGUGCGGUAAUUGGCCGCAUCACAACUGUGGAACUCAGAAAUGAAUGUUCAGCGACUGGCUACGUGGAUGACGUUGAUGGUUUUAUGAAUGUGACAAUGUCCAAGGUUCUGUUUGUGAACAUGGAUGGAGAGAAAAUGCACAUGGACUCGUUCUUCGUCCAGGCAAGCCUUGUUCGCUAUGUGCAAAUUCCAGAUGACAUCAACAUGGUGAAGGCUAUGAAGCGGCAGUUGAUGUCGAUGAAUCCCCGAAAACCAGCACCAGGGAGUAUGUCAGGAGGUCGCAAGAAACCACCAUUAAAGCUUUGA